ACUCUGAAAUAUAAACUUUUCAACAUGAUUUGAUUACAAGUCUAAAAUUCAAAGGAAACACUAUAUGAAUUAUGAACAUCUAUCUAUUUAUCCAUUCAGUCAAACUUUGAAUAUUCAUUACUAGUGGACAACUUGAACUUGAACUAUUAUUAGAAUUAGAUCCCACCGUACAAACCCCCCUAUAUAUCCUACUACAUCACCAUUGCCCAAACCACUUUACAAUUUUGAAAACACACUCUUCAUUUCAUAAAUUCAAUCUCUUCCAUCCACCUAAGAGAUCGAGAUCCAUAAUGGCGGUCGCAGCUUCAGGAAUCAACCUUACUCCACUAUCCAAAGCCGACGAUAACUUCCAUAGACCCACUGAACUCAAAGCUUUCGAUGACACUAAAGCCGGCGUUAAAGGCUUAGUCGACGCAAACAUUACUGAAAUCCCCCGUAUCUUUUACCACCCACCGGAGGAAGUCGACUCCGCCGAAACCCAUAUCCAUAUUCCAUUGAUAGACCUCGAAGGCGUCGGCGACGAUUCGCUCAAACGCAAACACAUUAUCGAUCAAAUCCGUGACGCUUCGGAGGAAUUGGGCUUCUUCCAAUUGAUUAACCAUGGAAUUCCGACGAGUGUUCUAGAAGAAAUAAGAGACUCUGUUCGAAGAUUUCACGAACAAGACACGGAAGUUAAGAAACAAUACUAUACAAGAGACUUCAUGAAGCCUUUUAUUUACAAUAGUAAUUUCGAUUUGUAUUCUGCUCCCACUACCAAUUGGAGGGAUACAUUUAGUUAUGUCAGUGCUCCAAAUCCUCCAAAUCCACAAGAAUUGCCGGAAAUUUGCAGAGAUAUUAUGGUGGAUUUCUCGAAAUGGGUGAUGGAGAUCGGAAAAUUAGUGUUGGAAUUGCUGUCGGAAGCUUUGGGUUUGAAUCCCAACUACUUGGACAACAUAGGAUGCAGUGAUGGGCUUGCAUUUGUAUAUCACUAUUACCCUCCAUGUCCACAGCCAAAAUUGACCAUCGGCAUAUCCGAGCACUCUGACACUGACUUCAUCACGGUGCUGUUGCAAGACCUCGUCGGCGGCCUACAGAUUCGUCAUCAAAACAAGUGGAUUGACGUGCGUCCUGUCGCUGGAGCCUUAGUCGUUAACAUUGGUGACCUUAUGCAACUAAUAACCAAUGACAGGUUCGAAAGUGUUAAUCAUAGGGUUCUAUCAAGUCACGAAGGUCCAAGAAUAUCCGUAGCGGGUGUUUUCUCAACGAUGGUUUCGCCAAGUGACAAAUUUUAUGGACCCAUCAAGGAAUUGUUAUCAAAAGAAAAGCCUGCAAUUUACAGAGAAACUACGGUUAAAGACUUUAGUGUUCAAUUCAAGUCGGAUGGGCUUGGAACUUCUACUUUAAAACAUUACAAGCUGAAUCAUGCAGAUGUUUAGAUUGUACCAUCCCCAUAAUCAUAGAUAUGUACUCAAGUUUGUUUUCAUAAUCCACGAUCUUUAUCUAUGUUAUAGCUAUUUUCUUCCGGUACUUUUUAUUGUACUACUAUCGUAAAAGUUGAAGUUGAAAGUGAACAAAACAAUGUUUCCCUUUUGAAAUUA